CGGUGCGCAAGCGCAGUCUAUCGCUGAGGCUUGCGGGAAGGCAGACAUGGCCGGGGUUAGCGCGGUUUCAAGGCUUCUUCGCGGGCGGCGCUUGGCGCUAGCUGGGGCGUGGCCAGGAACACUCCAAACACAGACUCAUGGCUUUCACUUCUCUGUUGGUGAGAGCAAGAAGGCAUCAGCUAAAGUUUCAGAUGCGAUUUCUACUCAAUACCCAGUGGUGGAUCAUGAAUUUGAUGCUGUGGUUGUAGGUGCUGGAGGGGCAGGCUUGAGAGCUGCAUUUGGCCUUUCUGAGGCAGGAUUUAAUACUGCAUGCCUUACAAAGCUCUUCCCUACCCGAUCCCAUACUGUUGCAGCACAGGGAGGUAUCAAUGCUGCUCUGGGAAACAUGGAAGAGGACAACUGGAGAUGGCAUUUCUAUGACACUGUGAAAGGCUCUGACUGGCUGGGUGAUCAGGAUGCCAUCCAUUACAUGACAGAGCAAGCUCCUGCCUCCGUGGUUGAGCUAGAAAAUUAUGGUAUGCCAUUUAGCAGAACUGAAGAUGGGAAGAUUUAUCAACGUGCAUUUGGUGGACAGAGCCUCAAGUUUGGAAAAGGCGGGCAGGCUCAUCGGUGUUGCUGUGUGGCUGAUCGGACAGGCCACUCACUCUUACACACCUUGUAUGGAAGAUCUCUGCGAUAUGACACCAGUUAUUUUGUGGAGUAUUUUGCACUGGAUCUUCUGAUGGAAAAUGGGGAGUGCCGUGGUGUUAUUGCACUAUGCAUAGAAGAUGGGUCCAUACACCGAAUAAGAGCAAAAAACACUGUUAUUGCUACUGGGGGCUAUGGGCGAACUUACUUCAGCUGUACAUCUGCCCAUACCAGCACAGGGGAUGGUACAGCCAUGGUUACUAGGGCAGGUUUGCCUUGCCAGGACUUAGAAUUUGUUCAGUUCCACCCCACAGGUAUAUAUGGUGCUGGCUGCCUCAUCACAGAAGGGUGUCGUGGAGAGGGAGGUAUUCUCAUCAACAGUCAAGGUGAAAGGUUCAUGGAGAGAUAUGCCCCUGUUGCCAAGGACCUGGCAUCAAGAGAUGUUGUGUCUCGAUCCAUGACUCUUGAGAUCCGUGAAGGAAGAGGCUGUGGCCCUGAGAAAGAUCACGUCUACCUGCAGUUGCAUCAUCUGCCCCCUGAGCAGCUGGCCACACGUCUGCCUGGAAUUUCAGAGACAGCCAUGAUCUUUGCUGGUGUGGAUGUCACUAAGGAGCCCAUCCCAGUCCUCCCCACUGUGCAUUACAACAUGGGUGGGAUUCCCACUAACUACAAGGGACAGGUGCUGAAGCAUGUGAAUGGCCAGGAUCAGAUUGUGCCUGGUCUGUAUGCCUGUGGGGAGGCUGCCUGCGCCUCAGUGCAUGGUGCCAACCGGCUUGGAGCAAAUUCUCUUUUGGACCUUGUAGUGUUUGGCCGAGCCUGUGCCCUGAGCAUUGCAGAAUCUUGCAGGCCUGGAGAUAAAAUUCCUCCAAUUAAGGCAAAUGCUGGAGAAGAGUCGGUUAUGAAUCUUGACAAGUUGAGAUUUGCUGAUGGAAGUAUAAGAACAUCAGAACUCCGCCUCAGCAUGCAGAAGUCGAUGCAGAACCAUGCUGCAGUGUUCCGUGUGGGAAGUGUAUUACAAGAAGGCUGUGAAAAAAUCAGCCAGCUAUAUGGAGACCUAAAGCAUCUAAAGACAUUUGACAGGGGAAUGGUCUGGAAUACAGAUUUGGUGGAGACCCUGGAGCUGCAGAAUCUGAUGCUAUGCGCACUGCAGACCAUAUAUGGUGCAGAAGCACGGAAGGAGUCAAGGGGAGCUCAUGCCAGGGAAGAUUACAAAGUGCGGGUCGAUGAGUAUGAUUAUUCCAAGCCCAUCCAGGGACAGCAGAAGAGGCCAUUUGGGGAACACUGGAGGAAGCACACCCUCUCAUAUGUGGACAUCAAGACUGGGAAGGUUACUUUGGAGUACAGACCUGUUAUUGACAAGACCUUGAAUGAGACUGACUGUGCCACCGUACCUCCUGCUAUCCGUUCCUACUAAUAAAACCUGACAGCUACAGGACCAGCUUUUGUGAUAAUAUAUCAUAGCUUACCUAGGUUUCCUCUCAUACUUGUCUUGUUAAAAUUCUGCUCUCAUGAACAAGGAGUCACUUCAUAGAUUAUGAUCAACAGCUUGGUAGUACUUGCUGUAAGGGUCUUGAGUUGCACGAGACUUUGUCUCUUUAUUCUUGUGCAGUGAUAAAACUGGUAUAAUUCUUGCAUGAAGUACAAAUGAACAAUCUUUUAUUUCCAAUAAAACCAUGUAGUAUUUGA